AUGAUGGCAAAACUUCCACUGGAGAAAUUGAAAAGAGGAGUUAUAUGCUCAUCGGUCGGAAAUCAUGCACAAGGAGUGGCAUUAUCAGCCCAGAGAUUGGGCUGCAAUGCUGUGAUUGCUAUGCAUGUUACUACACCAGAAAUCAAGAAGUUUGGGGGGCAACAGUUGUACUUGUGGGAGAUUCUUAUGAUGAAGCACAGGCGGGCAGAAGAAGAGGGCCGCACUUUCAUUCCUCCCUUUGAUCACCCAGAUGUCAUAACUGGGCAGGGGACAGUUGGAAUGGAGAUUGUACGCCAAAUGAAAGGCCCAAUACGGCAAUACAUGCUAUAUUUGUGCCAGUUGGGGGUGGCAGGCUUAUAG